CAUAAGUACUACUUCAGAACUCCGCUUUCCUCCAGCCAUGUUUCGCAGCAGUCAGUGUGUGCCAGUCCUGGUGCUUGUGCUGUGCCACACGCAGCACACUUACAGUGGGAAGGUCCUGCUAUGGCCAGGGGAGCACAGCCACUGGCUAAACAUGAAGAAUAUUGUGGCAGCGUUGUCAGCGAAAGGACACGAGAUGACCGUGCUGACUCAUUCUGCUACUCCUACCAUCACGGCCGACCAGUCGACCAGCUGCAGCUUCGAGAUCGUCCCAGUGCCCUAUACGGCACAAGACAUGACUGACAUGAUGGAUGAGAUUUUCCACUACUGGAUGUAUGAGCUGCCAAACGAGUCCUUCAUCCAGGUCUCGCUGAAGAUCAAGGAGAUCAUUCAGAGGACCACUGAGAUGAACAAGGUAUUCUGUCGUGCCGUAUUCAAAAACAAAGAGUUGCUGGAGAAGUUGAGGCAGGCGCGAUAUGACGUUCUGCUGACUGACCCCAUGUUUCUAUGCGGCGAGCUCCUCGCUGAGACCCUGGACCUACCCUUAAUUAUUUCCUUGAGGUUCUCCCAUGCCAACACCCUAGAGAGACUCUGUGGACAGUUGCCUGCACCACCAUCUUAUGUUCCAAGUACUGGUAUGCAGUACACUGAUGAAAUGGACUUCUCCCAGAGACUAAAAAAUUAUCUAUUUUAUUUUUCUCAGGAUAUACUAUUUCAUACUUUUGGAGCAAUGGUAUGGGACUCAUUUUUCACUGAGAUGAGAGGCAAGCCAACGUCAGUCUGUGAGGCCAUGGGGAAGGCAGACAUUUGGUUGAUCCGUACCUACUGGGACUUUGAAUAUCCCCGACCUUUUCUUCCAAACUUCAAAUUUGUUGGCGGCCUUCACUGUAAGCCUGCCAAGCCUCUGCCUGAAGACAUGGAGGAAUUUGUGCAGAGCUCAGGGGAAGAUGGGAUUGUGGUGUUUUCUCUGGGUUCAAUGAUAAAGAACCUCACCAGAGAAAGGAGAGACGUAAUUGCUUCUGCUCUGGGACAGAUAUCACAAAAGGUCCUCUGGAGAUACAGUGGGGAGAAGCCAGACACUUUACCUCCCAACAUCAGACUUUUGGACUGGAUUCCUCAGAAUGACCUGCUAGGCCAUCCAAAAACCAAAGCCUUCAUUACCCAUGGAGGGACCAAUGGCAUGUAUGAGGCGAUUUACCAUGGUGUCCCCAUGGUGGGUAUUCCCCUGUUUGGUGACCAGCCGGAUAACAUGCACCACAUGAAGACUAAGGGGGCUGCUGUCAUCCUGGACCUCAACCAGUUUCAGGGACAAGACCUUGUGCUUGCUGUCAACGCUGUGAUAAAUGACCCAUCGUACAAAGAAAGCACAAUGAGGCUUUCAAGAAUCCACCAUGACCAGCCGAUGAGCGCACUGGACCAGGCCGUGUUCUGGAUCGAGUUUGUGAUGCGGAACAAGGGAGCAAAGCACCUUAGAGUGCAGGCCCAUAAUCUGUCCUGGUAUCAGUACCACUGUCUGGAUGUCCUAGCUGCACUUCUGGCCACAGUGGUGCUGAUCGCUGUCAUCUUCUUCAAAGCGUGCUGCUUUUGUCUCCGCAAGUGUUGCACCAGAUCAAAAACCAAAAGUAAAAAAGAGUGAUUUCUGUAGUAUGUUGUCACCUCUCCAGAGGUGGCUUACAUUGGCCUAACCUUCUGGAGGAAUGUUCGAAACACAAAGCCUGUCAUUUUUAUUCCCAGCUGGGUUGCUACUGUUGUACCAUUGAGAAUGCACUUAAUCUUAAAAUUGUUUCAGUGAAUAUGCAGCUGUAUAAGUGACAGAUGAAUGCAGAGAUAAGAAUGUUUGCUGCAGGCUGAAACAUAUGUAAUAAUUUCCUGCUGCUGCCAAUAUCCACUUACAUUUUCAGUCGUUAUUCUCUGUGGAAUCAAAACAUUUGCAGAUUUGUUCACAGUACAUUUGAAAUUAUUUUUAAACAACUAAAAACAACUAAAUUAUUUUGAAUUUAUUUCUCUGUAUUAGAUUGUCAUUUCAUUGUUAGAUUGGCCAACGCUGUUCUCAAAUUAAUUGUAAUAAAACUAACCUGGUGACAUUAAAUUAGUUUUAUUUUUUUACAUUAAU